AUGCCAGCUAAACGUGAAUUUCAAAAGACCAGCUUACCAUUACAGUUUGUUGUUGUAGGAGCAGGCUUGGGCGGUGUUUCCGCCUCGAUUGCAUUGUCGCUUGCCGGCCACAAGGUCAAAUUGUUGGAAGCAGCCCCUGAACUAGGUGAAGUGGGAGCAGGUAUUCAGAUCCCACCACCUUCGAUCAAGAUCUUGGAAGCUAUGGGCUGCUUAAAAGAGGUCGAUGCCGUCUCGAUCCACCCCACCGAUAUCUUGAUCCACAGGUACGACACCGGUGAAGUCAUCUCAAAGCAAAACUUGGUCCCCUAUGUCAAGGACAAAUACGAUGGAUUAUACUUGCAUAUCCACAGAGCACACUACCACGAGGUCUUGGUUAACAGAGCUAAGGAGUUGGGCGUCGAGAUCCAUCUUAACUCUCGUGUUGAGCUGGUUGACUUUGACACCAACUCAGUUCGCACUGCUGCUGGCGUCGUCCACACUGGUGAUGUUAUCGUCGGUUACGAUGGUGUCAGGUCAAAGACGAGAGAGGAGAUCACCGGUAAAGCGGGUGGUGCCUACGACACGGGCGACUUGGCCUACCGUGCCUUGAUCCCAACUGAAUUGUUGAAAACCGUGCCUGGCUUGGAGAAAUACUGGUCGCAUCCAGAUAUCCACUUCUGGUGGGGGCCAACUUUGCACAUUGUGAUGUACUUCUUGCAAGGUGGUAAGAUUUGUAAUGUUGUUGGUUUGUGUCCCGACACGUUACCAGAUGACGUCAUGAGAGAAGGCGCCAACCAUCAAGAGUUGAUCGAGGUCACCAAAGGCUGGGACUCGGACUUGCACAAGAUCUUCAACUUGAUCGACGAGGUCGGCAAAUGGAGAUUACAGGACUCGAGAGAAUUGGCCAACUGGGUUCCAGAGAAGGGUAAUGUCAUCAUAUUGGGCGACGCCUCACACCUGACUUUGCCUUAUUUGGCCUCGGGUGCCUCGCAAGCAGUUGAAGACGCUGCUGUCUUGGCUGGCUUGUUCUCCAAGAUUGAGUCCAAGGACCAAAUCCGCGAGAUCUUGACCAUGGUUGAGUCCAUGAGAAAAUGGAGAAGCUCGCAAGUGGUGAGAGGUUCUGCCAACUGCCGUAACAUCUACCACUUGGCCGAUGGCGAGGAGCAAGAAAUUAGAGAUUCCAAAUUGAAAGGCAAAGCUCCACAAUUGGGCUGUCCCAACAGAUUUGCUGAUCCAGUUUUCCAGGAUUUCCUUUGGGGUUACGAUGCUUUUGAAGAGAUUGAAAGAGGUUGGGCUGAGUACAAGUCGGGCAAGAUGCCAACUUAUGACUACCCAAAUUUGUAUGAAGCUUAG